AUGAGCAAGGAGAAUGGGUUUGGGGAGGCCCGAGAAACUCCCUGCUUGGGCGUUAGUCAACCGAUAUCGAAAGCCCUACCAGACGCUCGAGAUUUGCGACUCACUGCGCAGCUUGUAGAAUGUUUGAAGAAUUUCAAUCUGUUCGAAACAGACGAGGAAAUGCAGUCGAGAAUGGAGGUUCUUCGAAAACUCAACUCAUUAGUAAAAAGUUGGGUGCGGAAAGUGUCAGAGUCCAAGCUUCCUGCCGAAAUGUGCGAAAAUGUUGGUGGAAAACUAUUUACUUUUGGAUCUUAUAGAUUAGGAGUACAUACAAGAGGUGCUGAUAUCGAUACACUCUGUGUGGCACCUAGGCAUGUCGAUCGCUCAGACUUCUUCGGUUCUUUCUACGACAUGCUUAAAGCAGAUGACAAAGUUACUGAUCUUCAUGCUGUCGAAGAUGCAUUCGUCCCACUUAUUAAGCUCAAAUACGCGGGCAUUGAGCUGGAUAUCCUUUUUGCAAGAUUAGCAUUGAAGGUAGUUUUUUUUUGCAAUUUACCUCCUGAUUUAUUGACGACAUCAGAUAUUUCGUUGCAUUGUUUCUUCAGUUUGUUUUCGGCCUUAUUAUACGUCAUUCCUCCAAUGUUAUAA